UGAGAAGAAAACAAGAUCAUUUGGCAAUCAAAUUUAAAUAAUUAUGAGAGCCAGAUCCACCAAACUAGGUCUGGCGAAACAAACUCGUAUCUUCGACGCACGGGAUGAGUAUAAGAAGAAUAAGGAGUUAAGGGUGGAGGAUGUGAGGGCCCUGCAGGAGUGGGUUGAAAAGGAACCGCACAUGCCACCCAUUUCGGAGUGUCUACUGAUCGCUUUCAUGCAAAGUUGCUAUUGGAGCAUGGAGCAGACCAAAGCAGCGAUUGAGAAGUUCGUGACGUGGCGAGCCGCCUGGCCCGAUUUGUUUGCGGCCCUGGAUCAUCAUCUAAAAUCGAUUGAUCAACAUCUACUGACGAUUUUACCGAUGGAAUCUAAGAAAAGUUACAGGCUUCUCUACUAUAAACUAAUGAUCCCAGACUCUGCUCGAUUUAUUGCAACGGAUCUGGUAAAACUAAUGGAUAUGGUUGUUGCAAUGGAUGUAAUGGAAAAAGGCCCAUAUGGCGGUUUGAUAUUGGUUUGCGAUUUAACCGACUAUGAUUCAGCGUCUAUCCUCAAACUGAGGGGCACAGAAUCGAGACGGUUCCUGAAAUAUCUGCAGGAAGCCGUACCAGUUAGAGUUAAAGCCAUACACUAUAUUAUCCCAGGAAAACACCUCGAGUUAAUAAUUACUUUGGUAAAACCCUUUCUGAACCGAACACUCCUAGGGAAACUGCACUUUCACGACUCUUACGAGGCGUUAUGCAAACGCAUCUCCCAGGUUGAGCUACCUAAGGAAUUUGGUGGGAAAAAACCAACUCUUAAACAAUUGCACGAAAAUAUGAAGAGAUCUCUGGCUGAGAACGUGGACUUCAUCAAGGACGUGGAGAAACUCGUAGCAAACGAAGCGCUACGAGAUCGAAGUAAUUUAUCGGUUGAUUCAGAGCUGGGCCUGGGGGUUGGGGCGCAGGGAUCGUUUAGAAAGUUUAACGUUGAGUAGACAACAGCUCGCACUUUUGAAUUAUUAAAAGUGUAGCCUCUAAUUCCAAAUGCCCAAAUACUCCUAUAUUAGUUUUCUUCUUUAGUGCGGGAGCUCAUGUCACGUGUGCAGUUGUAUGUUCCCUAAGUUUUUGAGCGGUUCCUAUUGGAGCUUAGAAAAACAUUGGUCACGUGAUCGAAAUAAUGGUCGUUUGGUCGCCAUAUUUAAAAAUGGCCGGCACGUUGCUAGAUUUUUUGUUUAAGUAUAUCUUCCUACACAAUGCUUCGAUUUUAAUUAUUUAAAGAAAAUUUUACUGAUUUGAAGGCAAACAACAUGAAAUAGCUUCAUUUUAUGUGAAGAUUGUGUUACGUUCUUUUUGUUCUAGUUUUGUUUUAGUAUAGUAUUCUUGCUCUUAUUCAUAUUCUUAUGUCAUAUGGGUAUCUUCUUUGUAAUCCACUAGUUUAGAUGUAAAUUGUUCCUGUAGUAAAUUUGUUAUUAUCUUAG